AUGUGGCGAGAACGCUCCAUCUCACCUCUAUACCAACGGCGGAUUCCACUUAACCAUAUUCGCCAGGGUCAUCUUAUAAUAUACUUGGAUGACAGGAUAUAUAUUACUAGUCUCGACAAAUGGAACUUAUUGCAGUUCGUAACCAUGCCACUCUAUAUCGGAGUUAGCGUCUGGAUGCCAUUUGGGGACUUAGUUGGAGUCAUCGUCGCCGUGGGCUUUGGAAUAUACCCCAUGACGGACACACAGGCAGGCACCGGAAUCGCCAGACUUGACCAGAUGGAACUUGUAACAGUUGUCAACAACCUUGGGUUGCGUUGGCAGGGGGUUCAUAACGGAUUAGCGGGCGUUGGCUGGGAAGCGGAAAGGGCCGUCGUAUACGGCCUGGUAACCGCAGGUGGCCGUGCUAUUGUUGUGCGGAUUCAUGGAGUGGUCCCCCGUUGGUGGAAAGGGGAGUCAGGGGGAACACCAAAUAACUACAAACCCAGGGUUGACUAG